ACCCGCAGUUUGAAAACCACUGCUCCAGGAGAUCAAGCCCACUUCACUUUGCAGUCACUCACUGCAGGGUAAAGCGCCCCAUGCAACACCUCAGACCAUGGCAGCCAGAUCAGCCCAUGAGUUGCAGCAACUGAGCUCACAAGCAGGCGCGUGGGGGAGGGGGGAAUUGGUGUUUUAGUGUGAUUGUUUCACACGAGGAAUAGCAGAGAUGGCCAGAACAAAAGGCAGAAGAGAGACACACACUGAAAGAAUGAAACAAACACACUGAAACAAAGAGCCCCAGAUGAAUAGCCACAGACCAGCUGGUAGAGAGCAUGUGCUUUUUCCUUUGGAGGGAGGUUUUUCUUUUAACUCCUCAUCUUCCCCACCACUGAACUGAGCAUUUUCCAUAGGAGACUUCCAUUUCCCCCCAAUUCCACAGGUUAAAAGGGAGCAGUAAUGGAAAAAGGGUGGUUUACAAAACCUACUGAUGAGGUAACAGCCACUAGUUCCCAUGAAAAGGUGAAGAAGGCAUUUAUGGCUGAAAUGAAAGCUGAAAACAUCAAGCAGUUUCUAUAUAAUUUUACACAGCGUCCUCACCUCGCAGGCACAGCUGAGAACCUGCGCCUUGCACAGCAAAUCCAAGCCCAGUGGAAGGAAUUUGGAUUGGAUUCGGUUGAGCUGGCUUACUAUGACGUCCUGUUGUCCUACCCUAAUGAAACAAAUCCCAACUACAUCUCAAUUAUUGAUGAGCAUGGAAAUGAGAUCUUCAAUACAUCAUUAUUUGAGCCUCCCCCUCCAGGAUAUGAGACUGUUACAGAUGUUGUGCCACCAUACAGUGCCUUCUCAGCCCAAGGGGUACCAGAGGGUGAGUUGGUGUACGUCAACUAUGGCCGUAUUGAAGACUUUUUCAAACUGGAGAGAGAGAUGGGAAUUAACUGUACUGGAAAGAUUGUCAUUGCCAGAUAUGGGAAAAUCUUCAGAGGAAAUAAGGUGAAGAAUGCUGAGCUGGUUGGUGCCAAGGGAGUUAUUCUGUAUUCAGACCCUGCUGACUACUGCGCCCCUGGAGUAGAUACCUUUCCAAAUGGCUGGAACCUUCCUGGAGGUGGAGCCCAGCGCGGGAAUGUGUUAAAUCUGAACGGGGCAGGGGAUCCUCUCACGCCAGGUUAUCCAGCAAAAGAGUACACCUAUCGAUAUGAAGAAGCCAGGGCUGUAGGUCUUCCGAAACUUCCAGUCCAUCCCAUUGGUUACAAUGAUGCUGAAAAGUUAUUACGUGACAUGGGAGGACCUGCCCCACCAGACAGCAGUUGGAAAGGAAGCCUGAAUGUGUCUUACAACAUUGGUCCUGGUUUCAUGAGCCAUUACUCCACAAGAAAGGUCAAAAUGCACAUUCACAGUAGUAAUAAAGUGACAAGAAUUUACAACGUGAUCGGUACCAUCAGAGGAGCAACAGAACCAGACAGAUACGUCAUCCUGGGAGGCCACCGUGACUCCUGGGUCUUUGGUGGAAUUGAUCCUCAGAGCGGGGCAGCUGUGGUUCAUGAGAUUGUGAGAAGUUAUGGGAAAUUGAAGAAGGAAGGAUGGAGGCCCAGAAGAACAAUAAUAUUUGCAAGCUGGGAUGCGGAGGAAUUUGGCUUGCUAGGAUCUACAGAGUGGGCUGAGGAAAAUGCCAAACUGUUACAAGCACGUGGGGUGGCCUAUAUCAAUGCCGAUUCCUCAAUUGAAGGAAACUACACUCUGAGAAUUGAUUGUACUCCGCUGAUGUACAGCCUGGUGUACAGCUUGACCAAAGAGAUACCAAGCCCAGAUGAGGGGUUUAAAGGCAAAUCACUUUAUGAGAGCUGGCAUGAAAAAAACCCAUCUACAGAAUAUAAAGAUGUCCCCAGAAUAAAUAAGCUGGGUUCUGGCAAUGACUUUGAAGUCUUUUUUCAGCGGCUUGGCAUUGCUUCAGGCAGAGCACGUUACAGCAAAAACUGGAGAGUGGAAAAAUACAGUAGCUACCCAGUUUACCACAGUGUCUAUGAGACCUAUGAGAUUGUGGAGAGAUUUUAUGAUCCGACUUUUAAGAAUCACCUGACAGUGGCACAGGUACGAGGAGGGCUGGUAUUUGAACUGGCCGACUCUGUGGUCCUUCCCUUUGACUGCAGAGAUUAUGCAGAGGCUUUAAGGAACUAUGUUCAAGUCAUCUAUAAUUUGUCAAAGAAUCAUCAAAUGGAACUGACAACGUACAGCGUGUCAUUUGAUGCUCUCUUCUCUGCUGCAAAUAAUUUUACAGAAGCUGCCACUGAUUUUCACAGGAGACUGCAGCAAGUUGACAUCAAUAACCCAAUCGCUGUAAGAGCAUUGAAUGAUCAGCUCAUGUUUUUAGAAAGGGCUUUUAUUGAUCCUCUUGGUUUACCUGGCAGGCCAUUCUACAGGCACAUUAUUUUUGCUCCGAGCAGCCACAACAAGUACGCUGGAGAGUCAUUUCCAGGGAUCUACGAUGCCAUGUUUGAUAUAGAAAACAAAGCAGAUCAGCGCAAAGCCUGGGAAGAAGUAAAGAGGCAGAUCUCCAUUGCAGCCUUCACCAUGCAGGCUGCAGCAGGGACGCUGAAGGACCUCGCAUAAACAUAUCAGCAUCAUACUCAAAAGUGAAAGACUGGAGUUGAUAGCUGGGGAGCCCUCAAAACCAGAGCAUUUACAGACAUGAGUAGGAUUAUUUUAAAACCCUUGUUCUUUGCAAACAGUCAGUCUCCCUCACUCACUUCCAUUAUAUUUAACAACAUUAAUAAGGUAUGAUACCUCUGAAAUUCUAUUUGGAGAGAGUGGAGUUGAGAUCAUUGCUCAAGCGAGAUACUAAAUUAAACAAUGUUCAUUUCAAAUUGCCACCUCAUGUUUAAAAACACCCCCACACACGCACACACAAAAAACCCUGAUUUCCUUUUCAUGUAACAUGUUCAGUUGCAGAAAUCACAAUGUUUGUAGUCUCACAGUUGUGCAGUGUAUUUAAUCUAAUCUAUUGGCCUGAUUGUUUUGAUGAUUAUCUUGUAGUACUUUUAUCAGUAAAACAGAACAGUCAUCCUUAUUUCCAA